ACAGUGCGUUAGAAUAUCUAGAGCAGUGCGUUUCGUGUGAUUGUUUGGUCGGACGGACUUUUGCGCGGGAAAAGUUUCGAAAAAGUUUCGUUUGUGAUACUUAGUACUUUAGUUUUUUUAGUAAUUGGACUUUUCGAGUGGACAAUAUUUAAAAAAAAAGAAGAUUUUACCGAUUAAGAAGAUGCUGCACUCUAAGGUCUUCUGCAUUGCUCUGCUGGCUGCCGUCGCGAGCUGCGAGCCCCCCGUACAAGGCUACAACUACCAGCCUCCGAGGAACAAUGUCCAUAACGGUUACAACACUCCCACGAAUAGUUAUCUGCCCCCUAGCGCAGGCGUAAGACCACCCAGCAACAAUUACCUACCGCCCACUUCAUACAGUCCGAGUUAUUCGAGCAGCGGGCCCAGUUAUUCCCACACCGGGCCGAGUUACGCCAACACCGGUUCCGGUUACCACAGCACCGGUUCCGGUUACGCUGGAACCGGUUCUGGUCAUGCUGGUGGUCAUCAUGAUCAUCACGGUCACGGAAAUGAUAAUGAAGUGCCCAAGGCGUACGAGUUCGGGUAUUCUGUGAAGGACGCACAGUCGGGCAACGACUACGACCGCCGUGAGAUGUCGGACGGGAACGUCGUCCGGGGGGAAUACCGAGUGCAGUUGCCUGAUGGGCGGACGCAGAUCGUGACUUACCACGCUGAUUGGCAGACUGGUUUCCACGCUGACGUGAGGUAUGAGGGAGAAGCACGCUACCCUGAACCAACCAACAACCACCACCAAGGUGGAUACAACUACAACGCUCCCAGUGACUUCAAGGGUUCCCUGAAUGGGUUCCAAGGCAACUCUUACAAACCUUCCACCGCGUACGGACCCCCUGGAUACCACUGAAAGGUUCCAAUCGAUUAGAAUAAACCAGGCCCGUACCAUGAUAACUUAAUUAUAUGAUACAGUGUUUUUAGUUUUCCAAUUUUUGUAAUUUCUUGACAAUAAUAAAAUAUGUAAUUAUGUUAAAAAUAUAAAUCCUUUCUGUUUUAGAUUUGAAGAACACAAUAUUCAAUAGUUGUAGGUUAUUAUCUCUGUUUUUUAUUCUAAUUUGAAAAAAAAACACCAGCCUUGCGAUAAUUGAAGUUAGUUAAUACGAUUACGAAUAACAAGUGACAAGAUGUGUAAUGGUACAUGGUAUUUCUAGGUACUUGCUUUGGACUAUAAAUGACAUUACGCUUGUAAAUAAUGCUUUUAAAGAAAUCUAUUGACUUAUUUGCUGUUUUAUAAAUUUUAUGAUUUUCACUUGAAUAUCUAUGAAGUAGUACCUAAAUGUCUGUAGCGUCGUAGAGAUUAUUUUAAAGGCGAUUCAUUCAUUCACGAAGUGUGUUUUUGUAUUGCCACUGUAAAUAAUAGUACUAUAUGUUUUUAGUAUAUUUUUUAAAGAAGACCAUAUUGUUUAUAUUUCAAUAACAGAACGGCAUUACCUAUGUCAGCUAUAAAGUGACGUUUUACAAAAGUUACCCUUUGUAUAGUCAAUUAUUUUUUAAUACUAAGGACUUCGUAUGAAUUAAUUACAUGUCAUAUAUAUUUUAAGUGACAAAUUGCAAUAUCUAUCAAUUUAAGUUUUUUUUAUGUUAAAAUUUGAUAUUUCCUGAGGGCAUUCAAUGCAUCUUUAACCAUUUUUAAAGGUGACUUGAAAUUAGUACUUAAGCAAUUUAGUUUUAAGAAUUUUAUACCAGUAUUAAUUUUUUUACGAAAUAAAACUUUUCUUAUUGUGAAGGCGUAUUUAAUUUUAUUAUAAACUAACUGACCCGUCGUCCUUCGUACCGCUUACAAUAAUUUGGAAGAAAUGAUAGACCCGAGUCUACAGUACCGAAGGGACGAACGUCACAUGUUUGACAAGAAAGUAACUAUCAUCAUCAUCAUCAUCAGCCCAUUAAUGUCCCCACUGCUGGGGCACAGGCCUUCCCUAUGGAUGGAAUAAGGAGAUUGGGCCAUGACCCACCACGCGGGCCCAGUACGGAUGGGUGGGUGCAAACGACUGCAGAUGCAGCCAGGACCAACGGCUUAACGUGCCUUACAAAGCACUGAGGAGCUCGAGAUAGUGCGAUCGCAGCCGAACGCGCUAACCACUUGCACCAUCGAGGUCCUCUGAAAGUAACCAUGUAGAUACAAAAUUAAAUUGUUGUAUUUAGUAUCUUCCUCGCAAUUUUAAAAAAAAAUCUCAACGUUUAAGCUUUCCCUGGACCACGACAAACGACUAAAUCGGAUCAGCAGUGCUUUUCUGUAAAGAUAACAUUUUCACGCGCGGAUCUAUGAAGGAUCCGAUAUGCAUUCGCGCGGAUCAAUAAGAUAGAUAUAAUGCGAUUAAACUAGGAAUAGGACCGACUAGGCGCCAUAUUGUGACGUCAUAGCUGUCAAUUCAAACCAAAUGGGUAGAGUGAGCAAAAAAAGUUUUUAUUUAAUAAGAUUAAGUAAGAAAAACAUCAGAGUCUUUUUCUCUUUAGAAAUGACGACAUUUCUAGUCGAAGUUACUUUAUGUUUAUAAAUCAACAACUACGGCUCGACAUGACAAAUACUUGAAAAGAAUAAAAGUUAUCAUAUUCGAACUUUCUAUUUACUUAUAUAAAAUAUUAUCAUGUCAUGGUUUAAGUUAAACCAAAAUAAUAUAAAUAGAUUACGAAACAUAAGUUAAAACUUAUAAAUUUAAAUAUUUAUUAAAGUUAAAUAAACGGAACUAUAAUAUCUCACACAUAGAUGAAUGAUUGGUCUCACUCAAGUGAAGCGAGAUCAAUCAUUUCUCUAUGAUCUCACAUUAGUUUCUUAUUCAAAUUUGUGCUUGAUUUAAUUAUAAAUUAAUGGUAACAUCGAUUCGAGACACAUUUUAAUUAGAAAAAACUACCUACCUAAAUUUAUAUUAUGUAGGAUUUAUUGUCAUUUUCCAAAGACAAUCUUAUUUUAUUAACACAGACAUGUACGUAUAUAUUAAAAACUAAUAUAGAUCCAUAAAUAACUAAAGUAUAAAUAAAUCAUCCUAUCCCUUCUGCUGCCUGGUCCGCGUGGAUUUUUUUCUAGUAACAUUUCUUUAGAUUUAACGUCUAGCAGUGUAAGUGUAUGUAAGUAAAUGCUUAAGAAAAACUAUAAAUAAAUAAAUUAUUUUUUCAAUAAUACAACUUCAUGUUACUAAACAUGCUCAUGACGAGCAUGAAGAAAAUCUAUAGUCACCAUUAUUUUUAUAAUUUUAACAUACCCUUAUUAUUAUAAAUUUAUUGCAUAAUCAAUGCACAAAAAGCAUAACUAGGACUCUUGAUCUAAAUAUGGUUGUAAUGUCUUUGAUUAAAGAAAAUAUAACUAGAAAAAAUUCCAUGCGGACCAGGCAGCAGACGGGACUCGAACCCGCACCCUUCGCAAUACGGGUGAAUGCACUCACCAAUUAUGCUACCGCGGCCCUCACGGACCGCGUCGAAAUUCCUCUAGCCAUUCUUAAGCUGCAAGGCAGAGCCAUCUCUUCGCAUUAUUGGUAACCCACAAUGUCAAAUGAAUACUUUUACAAGUAUUAAACGUUUGAAAGAAGAAGUAGCAAUUAUAGUUAUAAUUUUAAUUUUUUUCGAGUUCCCUCUGCUGCCUGGUCCGCGUGGAUUUUUUUCUAGUUAUAUUUUCUUUACAUUUAGACAUCAAGCAGUUACAUGCUUUAAAAAAUAAAAAUUAUAAUCUUUGAUUAUUUCGUUCUCUCUUUCUAUACAUUCACUAAAACAAAACCAAGUCUUUGAUGUCGAUUCUGGCAUGAUUCUCUAAACUUAAAACUAAAGUAAAGAAAGGAGACUUUUCCAUUUUGUAUAGAGAAUGAAAAGGAUGCAUUGUUGUCAAAUUUAAGAUUAGGUUUGGAGAAUCAUGCCAGAAUCGACUACAUUGCGUGUAUGUGUGUGUUUUUUUUUAAUAAAUCGAUCUUCCUAGUAACGGACUCGUAAACAAAAUUAAAAAUUUAACUGCAGAAUUUGUCUUGUUUCGAUAUUUGUCUUAAGACAGUAAAACACAACUCUUAAUAAUACAAUAAACCAAAUAUCCAUUCAGAAGACUAGUUCUUUCCACAUUUUAAAUCCUAUAAUCAUAACAAUUCGUUGGGUUCGCUUUGAGUUUAAUUAAAAUAUCAACUACAGCGUAAAUCGGCUCCAUGUUCUUUGUGAAAGCAAGAGCUCUCAAGUCCUUCAUACGAGAAACUCUGUCCAAAGCGAAUUUAUAUUUAUUGUAGAUAAAAAUACCAUUCUUAGUGCUGAAAAAUGCUCUAUAAUAUGGAUCUACAGCCAUAACGUUGAUUGGAUAUCCUUCGUGAAUAUUUAUAGCUCUUGUGCCUAAUUUUACUCUGAAUAAAGUGUCGUUUUGCAGAAAAAAUACGUUAUCGUCAUCGUCAACUAUAAUAUCAUCCACUUUUUCGGUUUGUAGUUCCGGCAUUCGAUUCACAAUUCCAUUAUCAAAAACGUAGGCUUCCUUUCUCACGUUUAUGUAGUACAAUACAUCUCUAAAAAACAAUUUGUGAAUGUUGUCGUAUAUUGGAUAUCUUUCAGGUUCUUUGUCUCUGUUUAGUGCGUAUACUCCAUCUAUGCCACCGACGUAAACUUUGUUCUUAAUUUGAUCCACAGCCACGCCUGAUGCGUUUCUCACACCACCUAUCAAACCUGCUUGCCUGGUAUCUAGAUUGUAAUACCCAAGACUUCUAUAAGGUACAGCACCGAUUUGUCCGAAUGUGAAAUAGACUGUAUUGUCGUUAUUGUUAAAGACUAAUUGGUGUAUUUUGUUGAUCCCCUCUUUUAAUAUUUCGAUGUCGUAAUAUUUGUUGUCGAAGUAAACUCCUCGGCAUUUUCUGUCAGGUAUGACGGAUGCUGCGAAUGCCACAGUUGUGUAGAGUAGCAAUAGACAUACUGACCGCAUCUUUAUC